AUGCCCAUCUUCCCUACAAUCUGCCUGCUCCUCUCCCUCAUCUUCCUCGCGUGUCUGCACCACCGCGCCAUCCGAUCCUACUUUGCCCCGCAGCACGCACCCUACACCCGUCUGGAUCACCACAGCGAGGAAUUCCCCUCCGAGCCAUCAAACCCCACGUCCCCGCUCGCAAAGUACUUCGAUCCGACUACCGACCUACUACGCAGCCAUAUCCUGGAACCGCCGUCUCCGUGUCUCCCUCUCUGGGAAGAGGAUAUCGAGGAAGAGGGAUGGGUGGAUCGGGCGGUGGAUCGGGUGGUUGGAUGGGUUAUUGUCCGGGUGCAUUGA